GUAAUGAACCAAUAAUAGUUUUCUAACUUAUCUAAGAGAAAAAAUCAAUCUAGGUGAUCUCUCUGUUCAACUCUGGUACCCUACAGUGGGAGUAUGGGUUGGGUGGAAGUGAAUGAAAUGGAAUAAUAUCAGAAGCGCCACACUCGUCAAUUUCCUCUCACACCAUCGGAAAGUAUUCCUUUGAUGCUCAGUGACGAAUGUCUCUGCCGUAGCUGUUUUUCGUUCUUUGCGUACACCAAAAAGACUUAACAGAGUACAACUCGUCCACAUAUCGCAAUUAAAGGCACCAAAUUACUCAGACACUGAUUGAAAUUGACGCUCUUUGAGACACGAGCAGUACGGUACUGAAUGAAUUAUUUAUGAUGUUGGACACGCUUUUUCCGCAGACCAAAUGUUGUCAGUUUUUUUCUUGGAUGGCAACAUUAUUUUGUUGUUUUUUUUUCCAGAGAGAAGAAAAAGUGCAACUAUGGAAUCUCUAUUUUUGACCACAUAUUUGAGACUCUGGCAGCUAUUUCCGUACAUGGCCCAGUGCCAGUGGCCAGAAAUAGAUCUAUCUCUCUUAUGCCAUGUAUCCACCAUGUGUUCAUCCAAAACGACCAUGGAUUUGCAGUCCUCCUGUCGUCACCCAUAAAUAUUUUAAUCACGUACCUCUGACACUUGAUUAAAAGAUCAUCCCGCGAAGAUUGAGCGCGAAAUUAUUAAUGAUCCCCAUCCGACCCUUUCGUAGACAUCAGGACGCCAACCUGACACUUUUUGCCACCGGAAUUGUUGGGUAUCAUGAGGAAAAGUAUGAUUUGGGGAAACUUUUUUUUACCAUUUCGUACAAUAUUAUGCCUCUGGCAGUGACGCGUGUUUCACGAUUGGUCAACCAGCAAAUGAUGCUCAAAACCGUGGAAAUAUUUAAUGGGAUCAACAUCCAUUGAGUGAUAUUAAUUACCAUGUACAUGAAUAUUUCCAUUCAAAACUAAGCAAUUUUCCGGUGACUUCACUAAUUGGAUAUUUCAUCGCAAUAUGGACAGUUUUGUUUGGCAAAUUUGACUAUUUUAUUGCUGGAGAAUUUACACACAAUGAUUCGUGAUCAUGAUAUUGCUGACUUUUAUUGAGAAAAUUUAACAUUAUUUUAUUGCAAAUGAUGUUUUUGUGGUCAACAAAAAUAUAUUUUCAAAGGAUUAAUAUGACCAAUUCAGUAUUAAAUUGGUAUUUAUUUUAUUUGAAAAAUUGAUUUGGCUUUGAUAUGAAGUAUCAAAAUUAUUAUUUAGUUAUAUUUUAUUUUUAGCCAUUCGAUUGCAAAUAAUUGCCAUUAACAGUGAUUUCUAAAAGAGGAAAUAUUAAUUUGAAAAUUUAUUAAAAUAUUAUUUACUGUCAUAACCUGUGCCAAUUCUAAUUUCUGUGCUAAUAUCCAUGUAGUAUAAAAAAGAGAUUGUAAGGUUAAAUACGUUUAAUCGUUAAAUUCACAUUUCACGUUAUUUAUGAAAGAGUCGUUCAAAAUAUAGAGCUUCAUGUAACUACAGUUUUUUUCUGAUAAAUUUUUAUAUUAAACCUAAACUCUAUUUAUUCGAAUUUGAACCUGCGACGGAUUCAUCGGUUGCAUCGGCCGUUUGUGCAGAUACGAUAGCGGUCGAUACAAUCGACGAUAUAAUGUUCUGAGUAGAUCUAUACAUCAACUACAACCUAUUAAUAUUUCAACCGAAUAAUAAGGGUUCACCUUUUGGCAAUUAUUUGAAAUGGUGGAAAGAAACGUCCAAUCAAAAUAGCGUCUACGUCAUUCCGCAAAACUAGAAUAUGGCCAUUUUUUAGAUGAUGUAUGAAUCGAAGUUUAAAUCGGUUAAGGAACGGUAAAUUAUGCUAAAGUACUUUUUAGGUAUAAGUAUCAAAGUUACGGAUUCGAGCAUUCCGCAAAGCAUGGGACGAUUUUCCACCCCUUUUAUAGAGAGAUGGGUUGUUUAGUCUAAUCUUCUAUAGACUCAAGUACAGUGAAGCUUCCUGGAUACACACGGGAAAUAAUUUUUGUUGAAAAUGUUUUUUUUUAAGAUAAUUUACCCUAUCAUUAUAGGUAGAAAUGUAAUUUUUCUUAAACAGGCAGAUUUUGACGAAUUUUUUUCGAACAUAGAAUUGGGGCACCUUUGAAUAUAGGAUACCUUUGAAAUUGGGAUUUUUCACCUCUUUUUAAAUUAAAUUGACCCUUGUCGUGAUAUAAUUUAGCUGUACAAACAGAUUGAGAAGCUAAAUUACAUUAUGAUAUGGCUAAGUUCCACUUAAAUGUAGGUGAAAAAUCCCAAUUUCAAAGGUGCCCCACUUCCCCCUAGAGGUCAUAACCCAUUACUAGAAGGUAACUUAAGAUUUUGAUUUCGCAAAGUUAAUUUAUAAAGUUCAGAUUUUAUAAAAUCAAUUGAUUCGAAAAUAGUUAGAUCCAGGAUUUAAACAGGUCUGCUCUGCUACUUACUAUUAAUUAUGGCUUCCGAUAAGCCGAUCAUUUAUCGGUGCCGAUAAAUCCAUCAUAGAAAUCGAUCCUCGUUGAUUAACCAACUAUGAAGAUGAUGGAGAUUAAUCGGCUCAUCGGCGCUGAUCAUGGAAACCGAUCGGCAUAAAUCAGCUGAUUAGAUGAUCUACCACUCUAAGAGCGGAGAAAGACUAAAAUACUUCUCUAAGGAGAAGUACUUUUUCUCUAAGAAGAAGUUUUUUAGUCAGAAGUGGUCUACAAAUAUGGUAAAGUGGUACAAGUUGGACCAUGGUACAAGUUGGACAAUGGUACAAGUUGGACAGGACUUUUUUUUUUGAUAAAUUUAGUACUUCAUUUUUAUUUGUAUAUUUUUAAUGCUUUAAGCAUUAUCCAGAUGGGCAAAAUAUUUACUCUCUCAAAAUAUUUUUGCUAUUUUACACACUAGAAUAGGCGAGAGCUUAAAAUUUUUUUAUUGAAAAAAGUUAAACGCUCUUGAACUUUGGUGCUAUAAUAGAAAAAUAUUUAUGACAAAAAUUGCUUUCCACGCUCAGAGUGAUUAUUACGCGAACUAUUUUCUUGGCGGGAACAACUUUCGGAAAGAUUUCGGAAUAAGAUUUAUGGAUAUACUGUCAAAGCUGUCAAAUGUUAUGUGAUUGCGCGGUAAAAGAAAAAUAAAAACAAAGAUUGAUUUUCGCGAUAUUUUUAAUAAUUUUUCGUGAAAACUGAAAUGAAAGCAUUAAGUACGCGCAAGCAGGAGUUUAUAAUAAAUGAAGUGCGUGAAAACCCUUGUAUUUGGGACCUUUAUUGUCCUGAAUAUCGUAAUGUGGUCGCGAAAGAUAGAGUGUAUGGAAAAAUAGCAAAGAAACUUCAAAAACCUCCCGAAGAAAUUAUCAAGGCAUGGUCUGCGCUGAAGGAAAAGUACAAGAAAGAAAAGGAAAAGGAGAAAGCAUUGAAACCACGAUCGGGGGCAGCAGGAGGGAGGAAAUACAUUAUCAAGUCUUGGGACCUAUUUGAAAACAUGACAUUCCUCGACAAAAUUUUGAUAAAGAAAUCUACUGAAGAAUCAGUUUCCGUCGUAUUUCCUGAGAGCAAGGCUGGGAUUUCCUCUCAAAUAAAAUCAGAUAUCCUAGAGCUGGAUUCUCAUUCAUCAAGUGAUAACAUAAUUCUACUUGAUGGUCCCAGGGCUGUUGAAAAUAGUUGUGAUCCAAUUUGUUACCAAACUGUUGAAGAGAUUCGCUACCAAGUGUCCAACCGAGCUCGUGAAUAUUCAAGUCAGAACCCAGGACAAUCUUUUGGAUCUUCAAAUUGCACUCUCCCAAAUCAAGUGUCAACUCAAAUUUCCGAUAAAGUUUCCAGCCAAGCUCAUAAACCUUCUACUCAGACAAAAGGGUCUUCUUUUGAGACUCCCAUCACCAUGUUUCCAGUACACGUGUCUGUUUCGACAUCCAACAGAGUGCCCAAUCAAGCUACUAAACCUCUAAAUCAGACUGCAGGCUCAGCUUUCGCCAGUUCAAGUAACACAUUUCCAGUUUCGCGUUUUAUUGUUAUAGUUUUAUUGUGACAG